AUGGCUCCUCUAAUUGUACGUGGUUUUGCCCAAAUAUGGGACAGGAAUAUUGGGAUGUCUAAGUCGAAAGAAGCAUUCAUUCAAACAGUGGAAGAGAAGAAGAAACUUAGACUGGUGGUCUGUUUCAACACUGGAGAGUAUACAACUUUUCAGCUAAUUAAUAAUAUUAAAAAUGUGGUUUUUAGAUCUUAUGGAGAAAACCAAAAUCACCUGCAUUUAACUUUCCAAAAUGAUAACUUCUUGUUUAUUGAAAGAUUAUCUUCCAGAGAUGCUGAACAGUUGAAGAUGUUCCUGGAUAGAGUCCAUCAAAAUAAUCUUCAACCACCCAUGAGACCUUGUAGGGAUGGAGGUGUCUUUGCUGGCACAACAACACAGAAGGAAAUCAACAAAACUUCAUUUCACAAAGUGUGUAAGAGGUCAAGUAGUGCAGCUUAUGAGACAGGAGAAGGAAACGGUAUACCUGACCUCAAGAAGAUGCCUUUGUUUACAUCAAAAUUAUCAACACUUACCUGCAAAGAGUUAUUAGAAAAGCAAUGUGAGAAGAGGAAAAAGAUGCUAUCAUCUGAUUCAGAGAUGAAUGAGAACUUCCCAAAGGAGAAUAACUCUGUCAGAAACAAGAAAUCCAAGAGAAAUCCCUUGAAGUAUGCAAGCCACAAUGAGAAGAAAAAAUUGAAGAUAAAAGAGUUGAGAGAGAGUGAGAAAUUACAAUUUGGACGUAAAUUCAAGACCGAUUUUACUGGAAACCCUUUCCUAGAUGGCACUGCUCUUUCCCAAAUUCUGUAUGAGAAAAUGUAUUUGGCAUUUCUGUUGGAACCAAAGUUUAGUGAGGAUGACCCAGAGUGGAAGAAACUCAAGAUGACCUUUGACAGUUACCCAGAAAAACUAUGGGAAGGCCUCCCCAAUUUGGGCAACACCUGUUACAUGAAUGCAGUUUUACAGUCCCUAUUUUCGAUUCCAUCAUUUGCUGAUGAUUUACUCAAUCAGGGUUUCCCAUGGGGGAAAAUUCCCUUUGAUGUUAGCACGUGCUUGGCACAGCUGCUUGUUUUGAAAGAUAUUUAUAACGUAAAACUCAAGGAAAAGUUACUUGUGAAGAUUAAAAAGACCAUUUCAGCAGUUGCAGGGAUAUUCUCUGGCAACAAACAGAAUGAUGCUCAUGAGUUUUUAGGUCACUGUUUAGAUCAGAUAAAAGAGCACAAAGGCAAAAUAAACAGUAUUUGGAAGACUAAAAUUGAAUCUGAGGAAGAAAAUUCACCUCAACCGAUUUUUGCUAGCAAUGCUGCCACCGAAGUCCCGGUUUGUCCUGUCAUCACUAAUUUUGAGUUUGAGUUGCUGUGCUCUAUUAUUUGUAAAGCCUGUGGUAAGGUUGUUCUCAAGAGAGAAGUGAGUAAUUAUCUCUCCAUCAACCUUCCCCAAGGAAUGAAAGCACUUCCUUUGUCUAUUCAAUCUACUUUUGAUCUUUACUUUGGAGUGGAAGAGCUUGAGUAUAAAUGUGAGAAGUGUAAGCACAAGAGUUCUGUUGCAGUGCACAAAUUCAGCAGGCUGCCCAGGGUCCUUAUUGUUCAUCUGAAACGCUAUAGCUUUAAUGAGUCAUGGUCUUUAACGAAGGAUGACCAGGAAGUCGUUAUUUCCAAAUAUUUGAAAUUGUCUUCUCAUUGCAAUGAAAGUACCAAACCAGCUCUUCCCUUGAGCAAGAAUAUACGUACUAGGGAUUUCCAAAUCUUAAAGAUCCUUCAAAAGAUGCAUUCUGAAGCCAUCAGUUCAUUGACUGCUUCAACGAAUUUGGCCUCGGAAUCCAGGAAUUCCGUGACUCCACACACUGGAUCAGACAAAGAACCCGAACCACAAAAAUACCAAAUUGUCAAUAAAGGAACAGGCAGAGAACAGCAGAAAAAAGAGCUGGAAAAAUAUUCUAAACUGAAUAUAAUAGAAUCCAAAUUGGUAAACUCAGGACAUGGAAGAAUCAUUGAAAAAGAGCUGUUAGCAGCUGGCUUGAUGACGGGUCUGAAAGACGCCUCCCUUUCUCAGACCCGUGGAGGUGAACGUAAGUCCACCAGCAGUCCGGGUACUUGUCUUGCAGUUCAUUCUCAAGAAGUGCUUGAACAUCUAAAACUAAACAAAUAUGAGAAAACCCAUAUGCUUGUACAUUUUGAGAAUGUCACUGAGACUACUGAAGAUUUUUAUGGAGACAAAAAACCCAGAAUUCCAGAAGGAUUCCGAAGAGUGGCUCAACAGAUCCAGCAGUGUAAAAGGAUGAGACUCUACGAACAAGCCCUUCAGCAAGCACUGCUUCAAAGCCUUCCGAAGCCAGAUGCCCAGUGGUACACAGAGAGCCUCAGAAGACCCACAGAAUUAAGUCUCCAGGAGGCCAAUGUGAAUUCCCUAGGUGCAUUGGGUUCCAAUAAAAACCCUGGAAACAAAGACCUUUUCGAUAUGGAGAAGACAGAAGCUAAAGCCAAGAAACCAAAAAGAAAUGCCGAGAUGGGAGAUAGUCAUGCCUAUCGGCUCAUUGCUGUUGUCAGCCACCUUGGGAAGACCCCAGAUUCAGGCCAUUAUAUCAGCGAUGCCUAUGACUUUGAGAGGCAAGUCUGGUUCACUUAUAAUGAUCUGCAGGUAGCAAGUAUCCAAGAGGCUGUGAUGCAGGAGGCUAGGCUUUGCACGGGGUACAUCUUCUUUUACAUGCACAAUGAGAUCUUUGAAGAGCUGUUGGGAAGGGAAGGGAAGUCCCAGCCUUUUAACACAAAGGCUGGGGAGACCCCUCAGGGGGAGUAAGAGGAACAGACUUCUGCUUGCACAGAUCUGCUUGACUGCCUCACUGGCUACCACUUCCUCCGUGGAAGGAACUCUGAACUCUAGCCAAAGAUGAAGAGGCAGUUAGCUUCCAGGACCAAAGUUUAAGCAGAAACACUUAUGGAGAAAUCUCCUUUCUAACCC